AUGUUUUGUUUUCAAGAGGUUGAGCGUGUCUGUUGUGUAUCGUGUAGAGUGCACGAAACGGAAGCAGGCAUGCUGCAUCUGAAUGGCAAUCGUUUCCAAGUGAGGACCCUGCAACGCUCCAACUUCUCGACUUUCCGACACUUGGAGCACUUGUAUCUGGGCGAGUGUGGAAUUGUCUCAAUUGAAGCUGGUGCGUUCUCCGACCUCACUAAUUUGCGCUGGCUGGAUCUCAGCUACAACAACAUCGAGGUCAUUCCGAAGCGAGCCUUUGACGGCUUGCAUUUGCAGCACUUAUUUCUCAACGACAACAAGCGACUCCACAUCCACGCGACCUCAUUCACUGGACUGUCGACGCUGGGUUUGUACCUGCACAACUGCUCCAUACAAAACGUACACGCCGAUGCGUUUCUUCCGCUUGAAAAGCCUCUCAGAUUUUUGUGGCUGAAUGACAACAAAAUAACAUCACUGCCUAAUGACUUGGAGCACACGUUUUCGUCCCUGGAGCACAUCCGACUAGCGUCAAAUCCUCUUCGAUGCAAUUGCAAUCUCAUGUGGCUGAAAAUGUUUUUUGAUCAGAAUGUUCAUUUGUUCAACGGAGCCACAUUCCCCACAUGCAUGUUUCCGACAGCUCUCAAGCACACAGCUUUUGAUAACGUUUUGUCGUCCAAGUUUAUUUGCACGCCUCCAACAUUCGGGAACAUUGAACUUGUGAUGAAAGACGACGUCUCUAAAUUUAAAUGUGAAGCACGAGGCGAUCCCUUGCCAGUUUUAUACUGGGUCCAACCAUCCGGACAGGUUACAAAGUACACCCAUGACGACCAGGUCAGCAGGCACACCCAUGAUGACCAGUUUUCUAACCAAUCAAAAUAUUCAGAGAGUUUGUCAGCCAAUGCGGAUAUACCUCCAACUGAAAUCGGACAAAAUUAUUCUCUUUAUCAAGACACAUUUACGAACGAAGGUGUUUUAGAACUCGACUGGGAUAAACUCAUGACUGUAAUGAAUUCAGCUGACUUAAAAAAAUCCACAAAUGUUCUAAAGAAUCCCAUAUCAGGAGUUUACACUUGCUUAGCAGUUAACGUAGCUGGAAAUUCCACGCUAUCCGUAAACAUCCGCGCUGAUUAUUUCCUACUGCACAAUUUCACACAUCGUCAACAAGUUUCACAAGAAACGACAAAAUUAACUGAAAUAAAAAGCAACUAUGUUAAAAGCUUCAUGUCCAAAAACUUUAAACUUUCAAAUUUAUAUGCGGACAACGAAGAUUUUGAUAAUUUUGAUGAAGAUUCGUUAUAUAAAGAAUUGAACAUUUAUCAAUAUUGGAAUACACCCUCGAACAAAACUAUUUCAAAUAACCAAAUAGUAAAAAGUAGCAAUGCACAUGACGCUCUAUUACAUUAUCCGCUUGAUGAUAAAGCAAUUGAAAACUCGGAAUCCAUGUACACAACAAAAGAUUUGUGCAUCGCAAUAACUGCAACUCACGUUACAACCUUACUCAUUUGUGUUAUAAUCAUAUCGAAAUUAUACAAAUGCAAAAUAAAACCGGGUAACAGCAUGGAGAAACCGAUAACUGUUGGCUUUGCAGGUAGCCAACAGACGCAAAUUAUUACUUCCGACAAAGAAAUUAUACACAACCCCAAAGCUAAAGACACAAGUGUUGUUGAUUUUUUUGGAAAUAAUUAUUCCAGUAAAACUGGCUGCAAUUUGAAUUACUUUGUUUAA